UGGAUAUGCGAAAAUGAAAACUACAAAGUAUCAAUUAUUUAUAGUAAGUAAAAAUAGGGCCUCUAACUAAAUAAGCCUAGCUUAGCUCCUUCUCUAGACAGUGUACUGAAGAGAGUAUUCAUUGCUUUCUUCUAAGUAACAGACCAAAGAUCAUGAGGCUGUGUUGCCAUCCAUAGCUUAAGAAUGUUAAAGUUCCUGAGUUAUCAGGAAAGAGGAAUUCUCUCUAGUUUGGAGUUGAUGAGAGCAGAAAUAACGAGACGGAUUUACAGCCUGGAGCUAAGCAAAACCAGAGACGUACAACGUAUACACUCAGGUGCUGUCAACUGCUUAGAUAUUGACCCUUCUGAAGGGAAAUAUUUGUUAUCUGGUGGAGCUGACAGUGGUAUAGUAAUAUAUGAUAUUGAAUGUAGACCAGCGCCCUCAAACUUCACAUGCUCCUCAGUCUGUUCCAUAAGCAGAUCAAAUAAACAUGCGCACAAGUACAGCGUUGAAACCGUGCAGUGGUAUCCACAUGAUACCGGUAUGUUUACCUCAAGUGCGAUGGAUAACACCUUGAAGGUAUGGGAUACCAAUGCUCUCGUACCUGCUGAGAAAUUCACCUUUGAAAAACCAAUCUACUGCCACAACAUGUCGUCUAUUGCCAUGAAACACUGCCUUAUAUGUGUUGGAACAGCAUCUUCAUUGGUGACAUUAUGUGAUCUUCGUAAUGGGUCAUCAACACACACACUCAAAGGUCACAAGGGUCCAGUAAUGGCUGUUAAGUGGUCAAAUAAAGACGAAUUCCAACUAGCCACAUCCAGUCAAGACAACCGUGUGAUGCUUUGGGACAUCCGCAGGUCAAAGGGCAGUUUGAUGGUUUUGGAUCAGCACAAUGGAGAAAAAGGAGCAGCAAGCACUGCAGCAGUAAGCACUGCACACAAUGGUCAUGUGACAGGCCUGUGCUUUACAAGCGAUGGAUUAAACCUGCUCAGCUGCGGCACAGACGACCGAUUAAGAUUAUGGGAUGUAAUGACAGGUAGAAACACAUUGAUAAACUACGGCAAAAUUUUGAAUAAUACAAGAAGGAACUUAAAGCUUUGUGUAUCUAGUGAUGCUUCAGAUGAUUUGGUAUUUGUGCCAUCGUUGAGUGAUAUAUGUGUGUUUGAAAUCCACUCUGGCAGGCCGGUAGUGAAUCUUACUGGGCAUUAUAGCAGAGUCAACGCCUGUACUUUCCAUCCAUUAUUCCAGGAGCUGUAUAGUGCUGGCAACGACAGCAACAUCUUAAUUUGGGAACCAGAAAUUGACCGGGAACUACAACCCACUAUGGAGGAUGGUAAGAAAGGACAGAAAAAUAUUGCAGAUACUUGGAGCUCGGAUGAGGAUUGAGGGGUUAAAGGACUAUUUUGAUAUUUAUAUGGAAAUACGCUCCAACAUUCCAGACUGAGGCCAAACGCCGAACAAAGAAAGCCGCAGGAUAGUAUUUAAUGAAGGAGGUGAAGUAGGGGUACUCUUGUUUGGCACUGGAGGGGAUAAGAGUUAUGCUUAAAAUACUUGAUAAAAAUAUAUUUAAGGAACAUCAGUAACACUAGUUUCUGUGAGAUCAGGAUGCAUAAUUUAUAAAACUCUUCAAGGAUCUCGAUAUAAAUUUUACGUUUACGUGUUUACAUCUUGCAAAAGACUAAUAAGUUUGUCACUGCAAGGUUUCAGAUGCCUGUGCUGCAGAAGAAUUUUCUAGUAGAGUUCUCUUUUUUUAAAUUAAUUUUUUACAACUUGGGGGCGCCAGUAAGAGGAAUAGGAUGCCUGUCAAAAUGAGGCCACAAACAAACCUCAAAUUCAUUGAAACUGGGCCAACUAAUACUGAAGAUUUUUAUUCACAUACAGAUUAAUUUGGACUUAAGGUUUUGGUGUCCCCUUAGUAGUCAUAAUCAGUAAAUUUUGUGGAAGCAGUUUGGCGCAGCAGUAACGGUUUGGUUUCCCAACCUCGUUGUUGGGGUUUUAAUUCCUCGCUGUGCAUUUUGCUUGUGUCCUUGAGCAAGGCACUUUAUCUACAUUACUUCUCUACACCCAGGGGUAUAAAUGGGUGCCUUGUGGGGUUGCCUGCUACUGCGCCAAUAUAGCAGCAACAUUUUAGCAUGUAGACCUAAUGACCAGGGACAACAAAGAGCUUUGUAACCUAAUGGAAUAGGCACUAUGUAGUACUAAAAUAAAUAAAUAACAAAUAUAUGGCUAAUCAUUAGUUACGGGUAAUCAUAAUCAGUGUUUUUUAAAUGUUUUGUAACAACUUAACGUUUUUCAAUUUUAUGUAAUUGUAUUUUGGAAAAUAAAUUAAAAACCAUUCCUUAGAUUUUAAUAGCUGUGUUUGUUCUACUGAAAGGUAACAGCAGUCUUUUGUUCUAAUACUUUACAUCGCAUCGUUAAUCUGUGCGCCAGUAAUUCCACUUGUCAACAGGUAUUUUAUAUACUCUAUAAUUAAAAUAUUGAGAUCUGUACCAUAGUGUAUCAUAAACUAUAUUGUACUAUCUUUUGUUAAGCUAUAAAAAAAUAAACAUGAAAUUUAAUUGCUUA